CCGACGGUCCCGGAAAUGACGAGUUGGGAGCGCGACGACAGGCGGAGUGUAAGGACUGUCGCCGCUGCCAAGCCUUACACCACCAUGGCAAGAGCUGCACUCCUUCGUGGAUUCACAAGGCUCACUGUGUCUCCUGGCCUUUCCCAGGCUGAGAGCACAUCCUGCCAUCUGCUCCCAACGGUCUCCCAGCUCUGGGAUCCCAUCCGACUGGCCUCCUCCCUGGCUGCCAGGGCCUUCAGCUGCAGUUCUGUAAAGCCUGGGUGGCAGCCUCACUGUGAGCUGCAUACCUCCGCGAGCCUGGCCAACAACAAACAGAACUGGUUAGAUAGGAGCAAGUACACAGUGCGGCCCAUCGGAGUGAGAAAGACUGGGGGCCGCGACCACACCGGGAAAAUCCAGGUCCAUGGGAUCGGUGGAGGUCACAAACAGAGAUAUCGAAUGAUUGAUUUCCAGAGGCUCCGAUACCGGCCUGGCCAGCCCGAGGCACCCUUUGAGGAGAAGGUAGUCGAAGUUCGCUACGACCCGUGCAGGUCUGCUGAUAUUGCGCUGCUCGCUGGGGGAAGCAGGAAGCGGUGGAUCAUUGCCACAGAAAACAUGGAGCCCGGUGAUGUCGUGAAAACAUCCGGGCAGAUCGGCCGGAUGGCAGUGUCUGCCAAUGAGGGCGACGCCUAUCCACUCGGAGCGCUUCCCGUGGGAACACUGCUGAAUAGUUUGGAGUUGCAACCAGGGAAAGGAGCCCUGUACAUCCGAGCUGCAGGUACUUGUGGUGCGUUGCUUCGGAAGGUGAAUGGCACAGCGAUUGUUCAGCUUCCAUCCAAACGCCAGGUCCAGGUUCUCGAGACAUGUGUAGCGACCGUUGGCCGUGUGUCUAAUGUUGACCAUAACAAGCGUGUGAUUGGUAAAGCUGGUCGCAAUCGCUGGCUGGGUAUCCGGCCCUCAAGUGGCCUGUGGCAGAGGAAGGGUGGCUGGGCUGGUCGGAAGAUUCGGCCACUACCACCCAUGAAGAGUUAUGUAAACCUGCCAUCGCGAGGGACUCUGAGCUGAAUGGUGAAUCAAGGGCAGAUCCUGUACAUUAAAGAUCUUACUGCGA